AUGUUUGCAAGAUCAGCUGUGCUUGCUAGAAACUCCAGCUCUCACAUCGGGAGGAUCCAACUUAGAUAUUUUUCACACUUGCCCUUGACAGUUCCCAUUAAGCUGCCCAACGGGUUGGAGUACGAGCAACCAACCGGUUUGUUCAUCAACAAUAAGUUUGUUCCUUCGAAGCAGAAGAAGACGUUCGAAGUGAUCAACCCAUCGACCGAGGAGGAGAUCUGUCACGUGUACGAAGGUAGAGAGGAUGACGUGGAGGAUGCGGUCAAGGCAGCUGAUGUGGCCUUCAACAAUGGUUCGUGGUCGACUGUUGAUCCAUUGGCCAGAGGCAAUGCUCUUUACAAACUAGCUGAGUUUAUCGAGCAGGACAAGGAUGUGAUUGCUUCCAUCGAGACCUUGGAUAACGGUAAGGCUAUUUCGUCUGCCAGGGGCGAUGUGGAUCUUGUGAUCAACUACUUGAAGUCUGCUGCUGGAUAUGCUGACAAGAUCGAUGGUAGACUCAUCGACACCGGUAGCUCCCACUUUUCAUACACCAGAAGGGAACCUUUGGGUGUGUGCGGACAGAUCAUUCCAUGGAACUUCCCCUUGUUGAUGUGGGCUUGGAAAAUUGCCCCUGCUUUGGUUACUGGUAACACUGUUGUUUUAAAGACUGCCGAGUCGACUCCACUAUCUGCCCUAUAUGUUUCCAAGUACAUCCCACAGGCUGGCAUUCCUCCAGGUGUCGUCAACAUUGUCUCCGGUUUUGGUAAGAUUGUCGGUGAAGCUAUCAGCAACCAUCCAAAGGUUAAGAAGAUUGCGUUCACUGGUUCGACUGCGACCGGUAAGCAUAUCUAUCAAACUGCUGCAGCAUCUUUGAAGAAGGCAACUCUUGAGUUGGGUGGUAAAUCGCCUAACAUUGUCUUCGCAGAUGCUAACAUUAAGCAGGCCGUCGACAACAUUAUCUUGGGUAUCUACUACAAUUCUGGUGAAGUCUGCUGCGCUGGCUCAAGAGUCUACGUGGAAGAAUCUAUUUAUGACGAAGUUAUUAACCAAUUGAAAAUUGCUUCCGAAGCAGUUAAGGUGGGUGAUCCAUUUGAUGAAAACACCUUCCAAGGUGCUCAAACUUCGCAGAAUCAGUUGUCUAAGAUUUUGAGUUACGUGGAGAUUGGUAAGAAGGAAGGUGCCACUUUGAUUACAGGUGGUGAGAGAUUGGGCGACAAGGGUUAUUUCGUUAGACCAACUGUGUUCGGUGACGUUAAUGAACAGAUGAGAAUUGUGAAGGAGGAAAUUUUCGGCCCUGUUGUCACUGUCACCAAGUUCAAGAACUUGGACGAAGUUGUCGAAAUGGCUAACGAUUCUGAAUACGGAUUGGCUGCUGGUAUUCACACGGUGAAUAUCAACACAGCAAUUAAAGUGGCUGACAGACUAAAGGCUGGUACCGUCUGGAUCAACACUUAUAACGAUUUCCACCACAGUGUUCCAUUCGGUGGCUUCAACGCUUCCGGACUUGGCCGUGAAAUGGGUGCUGAGACUUUGGAGAAUUACACUCAAGUCAAGGCUGUCCGCGCCAAGUUGGUUUAG